UUGGCGCCUAUUUGACGAGCCCACUAUCACGAUCAGAGCAACCCGGCGGCCAUGUUGACUCACUCCGGGACACUCUCGGCUCGGCUCGGCGGCGUCACGGAGCUCCGUGUCCGGUAACAGUCACCGAGGAGGACGCGGCGGUGGUGGAUAUUUUUCAGCCCGGGAAGGCAGACAGGCGAGCAGGUGCUGGGAGGAAGGCAGGAAGACUUCUUUCUCUUCUCUUAGCAGCAAGUCAGAGGGAGGAUGAAGAUGCCCAAGCCGACGAAUGUCCGCGUUACCACCAUGGAUGCUGAGCUGGAGUUUGCCAUCCAGCCCAACACCACAGGCAAGCAGCUCUUUGACCAGGUGGUGAAGACGGUGGGCCUGAGGGAGGUGUGGUUCUUCGGCCUGCAGUACACGGACAGCAAAGGCUACGUGACGUGGCUGAAGCUCAACAAGAAGGUGACGCAGCAGGACGUGAAGAAGGAGAACCCUCUGCAGUUCAAGUUCAGGGCCAAGUUCUUUCCGGAGGACGUCUCGGAGGAACUCAUCCAGGAGGUUACGCAGAGGCUCUUCUUCCUGCAGGUGAAGGAAGCCAUACUGAACGACGAGAACUACUGCCCCCCUGAGACCGCCGUGCUCCUGGCCUCCUACGCCGUGCAGUCCAAGUAUGGAGACCACAACAAAGACCUCCACAAGCUCGGUUACCUGGCUGCAGACCGCCUGCUGCCGCAAAGAGUUCUGGAACAACACAAGCUGACAAAGGAGCAGUGGGAGGACAGAAUACACACCUGGCAUGAGGAACACCGCAGCAUGCUCAGGGAAGACGCCAUCAUGGAGUACCUGAAGAUCGCUCAGGACUUGGAGAUGUACGGCGUCAACUACUUUGAGAUCAAGAACAAGAAGGGCACGGAGCUGUGGCUGGGUGUGGACGCCCUGGGUCUCAACAUCUACGAGCACGAAGACAAGCUAUCGCCAAAGAUCGGCUUCCCGUGGAGCGAGAUCCGCAACAUCUCCUUCAACGACAAGAAGUUUGUCAUCAAGCCCAUCGACAAGAAGUCUCCCGACUUUGUGUUCUACGCACCGCGCCUGCGCAUCAACAAGCGCAUCCUGGCGCUGUGCAUGGGCAACCACGAGCUGUACAUGAGGAGGAGGAAGCCCGACACCAUCGAGGUGCAGCAGAUGAAAGCUCAGGCCAGAGAAGAGAAACAUCACAAGCAGAUGGAGAGAGCUCAGCUGGAGAAGGAGAAGACGAAGCGCGAGCAGGCUGAGAAGGAGAAGCAGCGGAUGGAGCGCGAGAAGGACGAGCUGCUGGAGCGACUGCGGCGCAUCGAGGAGCAGACGCGGCGGGCGCAGACAGAGCUGGAGGAGCAGACCCGCAAGGCCCUGGAACUGGACCUGGAGAGGCAGCGGGCCAAGGAGGAGGCCCAGCGUCUGGAGAAGGAGAGGCAGGAGGCCGAGGAGGCCAAGGCGGCGCUCGCCAGGCAGGCUGCGGACCAGAUGAAGACCCAGGAACAGCUGGCUGCUGAGUUGGCAGAAUUCAGCGCCAGGAUCUCCCUGCUGGAGGACGCCAAGAGGAAGAAGGAGGAGGACGCCACCCGGUGGCAGCACCAGGCCAUGGCAGCGCAGGACGACCUGGAGAGGACGCGCGAGGAGCUGAGGGCGGCCACGGCGUCCCCCGAGCAGGACGAGAGCGACGGCGAGGAGAGCGCCGAGCUGCUGAGUGAGGGCGUGAGCGGCCAUCGCAGCGAGGAGGAGCGUGUCACCGAGGCGCAGAAGAACGAGCGCGUCAAGAAGCAGCUGCAGGUUUGGGCCCGCCCCCUUCGCCGCCACCGCCAUCUUCCCACGUGUUCCACCCCCCUCUCUCUCUCUCUCGCUCGCCAGGCGCUGAGCUCUGAGCUGGCGGAGGCGCGUGACGACAGCAAAAAGACGGCAAACGACGUCCUGCACGCGGAGAACGUGCGGGCGGGCCGAGACAAGUACAAGACGCUGCGGCAGAUCCGCCAAGGCAACACCAAGCAACGCGUCGACGAGUUUGAGUCCAUGUGAGGCUCCGCCCACAGGGAAGGGAAACUCUCAGGCUUCCUUCGCUUCGCCAAAAGAAAUUGCACAGUGGCCAAGCUCCGCCCCCUUUACUAAAUUAGCCCAGGAGAGAACUGAAAGUGACUAACUUCCUGUCAAAUGUUCCCUUUAGUUGACUUCCUGAUCAUGUGACCAGUAAACGCCUGCUAAACCUCCGCCUGUCCCGCGCCU